AUGGGGACAGGGAUGGCAGCAGGUCCCUGUGCCAGCGUGGCCGGGCCAUGGCCACGUGUGCCAGCCACGGGGCUGCGAUGGCUGAGGACGGGCUCGAGCCACGCGCUGGCCGUGUGCCGCUGGCUCUCCUCGCUCCACGGAUCCCUAUUCCCACACCUCUCCCUGACCAGUGAGGACAUGAUUGCAGCCUUCUCCCAGGCCGUGGACUGGGCCGGAUGCCCCGUGCGGGCCUUUGCCUGGCACCCCCACACCAACAAGUUUGCUGUGGCACUUCUGGACGAUUCCAUCCGGGUCUACAACUCCAACAGUGCCACCGUCCCCUCGCUGAAGCAUCGCCUGCAGAGGAACGUGGCCUCCAUGGCCUGGAAGCCCCUCUGUGCCUCCAUCCUGGCCGUGGCCUGCCAGAGCUGUGUCCUGGUGUGGCACCUGGAUCCCACCUCCCUCUCCACCAGACCGUCAUCAGGCUGUGCCCAGGUUCUGUCCUACCCAGGGCACAGCCCUGUCACCAGCCUGGCCUGGGCACCCAGCGGGGAGCGGCUGCUCUCGGCGUCACCGGUUGACACAGCCAUGCUGGUGUGGGACGUGUCCACUGAGAACUGUGUCCAGCUGCAGUGGUUUGGGGGUGGUGGUGUCACCUACUUGGCCUGGUCACCCGAUGGCAGCAAGGUGCUGGCAGCCACCCCCUCGGCCGUGUUCCGGGUGUGGGAGGCUCAGAUGUGGACGUGUGAGCGGUGGCCCACUAUCAGAGGACGCUGCCAGACGGGGUGCUGGAGCCCGGACGGCAGCCGACUGCUCUUCACGGUGCUGGGGGAGUCCGUCAUCUACUCCUUGUCCUUCUCCGAGUACCGGGGGGAGAUGCAGGGGCAGGUGGGGGGCUCCAAAACAGCCUCGAUCGUGGCAGACCUGUCCGAGACCACCUUCGAGACGCUCUACGGGGACGAGAGGAUUGGAGGAGAGGUGCAUUCCAUGGUGUGGGAUCCCACUGGAGAGAGACUCGCAGUGAUCAUCAGAGGACACCCCGACUCUCCAGGCAGCCAGACGGCCAUCGCCGUGUUCCGCACCCGCAACAGCCCCGUCUUCGAGCUCCUGCCCUGCGGGUUCGUGCGGGGCGAGCGCGGUGCCCAGCCCCAGAUCAUCGCCUUCCACCCCUGCUUCCCACGAGGAGCCCUCCUGACCGUGUGCUGGUCCUCGGGGAAGAUCAGCCACAUCCCCUUCUUCUUCGUCAGUGCCCACGUGCCCCUGGCCAGCCCCCACCGCAGCCCCGUCCCCGUCGUGGCCAGUGUGAGGGAGCAGCCCCUCUUCUCGGAGCUGUGACCACAGCCCAGGGCCUUGGUGGCUCUUCUUCCUCCCUGGGCAGCCUCAUCUUCCUCCCAGGACCCUCGGCUGCCUUCAACCCCUGGGGGGGCACAGGGGGUCUCCCAGAGUCUGCAUCGAAUAAAGGCCAAUCUU